AUUUCAGUCCCACCUGAGCUCACUACGCAUCCUAUAAAUCAGACAGAGAUAGAGGGAGGAAACGUGACUUUCGCUUGUAAUGUGACAGGAAAUCCUGAACCUAUUAUCUUAUGGAUCAAAGACGGAGCUGUUGUUAACACUACUCUAAGGAUCAUCUAUUCAUCCGAUAAUAAGCAGUUAUUGAUAACGAACGUGAGCAGAAGAGACAGCGGAGAAUACGUCUGUAUAACUGAAAACAUUGUUGGAUAUGGGGGGUCCAGUUCUGCUUCACUUAAUGUAUAUUGUAAGAAUAUUUUAUUUUUUCUUGUUGUUGUAAUUGUUAAUAAAUUAAAGGCAGACUAGGCACUCGAUACAUUGGAAACUCAGUAUUCAUCACUUUCUUUAAAUAGGAAAUGGGGAACUAUGAACAGCAAUACCUGUCCUUUUACAUGCUUAGAUUACAAACACUGUAACCCACCCUUUAAAAUUUGCGUCAUUGGUUUUCUCUGUUACAAUAAUUUGGAAUAAAGGGAUGUACAUCACAAUGAAAUAAACUCACAAUAUUUAACAGAAACGAUGAAAACGGACAUGUACGUGAGUAAUAAACGUUACAAUCCGUGAACCAAAUAACGUCAAAAUAAUAAUAGUAGGGAUGUUUAAUUACGCAGCGAGUCAAGAUUUCCGAGUCAGUAAAUAGACGACAGCCCGAUCUGCAUUUGUCUUAAGUCUAGAUUUACGUCUACGCUCGGAUAACUCCUUCUCUUUUCAACAAAAAGUUUAAAACACUUUUUUUUUGUUUUAACUGUAGAUCCAGCUGAAAUCACUGCGCAUCCUCAAAAUACCACACAGAUAGAGGGAGGAAACGUAACUUUUACUUGUGAAGCGACAGCAAAUCCUGCACCAACAUUCUCAUGGAUAAAAGACGGAUCUCUUGCGAAUGCGACUUCAACAAUUAUUUUUUCAUCAGAUAACAAGCAGUUAACGAUAAUCAACGUCUCCAGAGGAGACAGUGGACACUACACCUGUAGGGCUACUAACGAUGUAAAGACAGUUCAGUCCCAUUCUGCAACACUUGAUGUACAAUGUAAGGAAACUUAUUAACGAAUUAUUGAAAUUUUCGUCGUUUUUUGCCAGAACAAUUGUCAUUUUAUAAAGAAAAGUGAGAAUGACGGGAUGUGCAUGUAAGCGUUUUAUUGAUCUUAGUUUUUCUUUUUUUUUCUUUUUCUCGAACAUUAAAAUUACUCAGCUGCCUCGUUUGUAAAAAUUUAAUUUAUGUCUACCAAUUUUAAUAUGCCAUCAAACAACUUUCACAUUAACAUAAGGACCUUUCAAGCAAUUUAUACACCUAAGCGAGACUCGUUCUCCAAGAUUCGAUUUAGAUUAUUUUAUAUAGGCUAGUUUACUGUUCGUUUUUUUUUUGUUCACCAGAGCAUAUAUAAGUUAAUUCGUUCUUUUGAUGUUGGAAGAACAAGAAAAUAUAUAUAUAUAUAUUUUCAAGUUAUAUUAAGACAAUCUGCACUAAUGCGUAUUUCUGUAUCCACAGAUAGUCCUGAAUUCAUCCAGCAUCCAAACAAUCAGACACUGACAGAAGGAGAAAACGCCACCUUCACCUGUGAUACGUCUGGAAAUCCUUCACCCACAUUGUUAUGGACAAAAGACGGAUCUGUUGUUAACUUGACGUCAAGAAUCAGUUUAUCAUUAGAUAACACGCUCUUGGUCAUAACAAAUGUGAACAGAGGAGACAGUGGCCAAUACAUUUGUGUGUCUGCCAACGAUGUUGGGACAGUUCAGUCCAGCAUGGCAACGCUAAAUGUGCAAUGUAAGAAUACCCUUACGAUUAUUCAACUUCACUGACAGUAGAGUUCCUGUUCAAAUAGCACUCAAAACGAGUUCUUGAAAUGUCUGACUUUAUUUGUAUCUGUUCGGUCAUCCUAGGGGAACUUGAGUCUUUUCGAAAAAACAAGGGCACGAGAAAAGAGAGGAAAAGAGUGACGUCGCGUUACCAUGGUAGCAUUAUUUCUGGAUGAAAACGAAACCAACGACGACGGGGACGACAAGGAGAACGGCAAAAAAUAAUAUGUUUUUAAUAACAAAACAACACCUUUGCACGUGCCUCACGCUCUUUUUCACAUUUAUUUCCCAUCGUUGCACCACUACGACAUGAAAAAAAAAAAAAAAAAAUGCUAAUUUUCCGCACUCGCUUUAUGGAGUCAGCCGCAAACACAAGACAGAAAUUGUCUUUUUCUUCUUUUUGUAAACUUAGAUAUGGUCCUUUCGGAUUCAACCCCAGAAAAUUUCGCCAACAUUUGACAAAUUAAAUAAAAUUGAAUAAGAUCGAUGAAGUUUGAAGCAGUACGAAUUUUACUUUUUAAGUGACGUUUCCGGUUUGUUGUCAUACAAAAUUUAUGCCACAAUGGCAACGUGACGUAAGCACUUCUCCUCCCGAUUGUAUUUCCAAAAACGUUUGAUCAAUUUGACGUAUUACGAAUUAAAGUGAGACAUUUUCACUCACCAUUGUACUGUUAAAUCCGAAAAUUAUAGGUUUCCUUUCGUUUCUUUUUUCUUCGGGAAAAUUAGCCUGACUUGGGAAGUGAAAUGUGAAAAUUAAACUCCAGGGCCCGGUUCCUCGAAAGAUGAUUAAGUUAAAUCCAGGAUUUAGCCAAAUUUCAAGCAAGGUUUUCUCGUCCCUAAGAACAUGCAACUCGAGAUUACAAAAUACUGUUGAACCUUUACUACGAGAAAACAAAAAAUGUUACCCUAAGCAAUGAAUAGGAAUGUAAAAUGCAAAAAAAGGAAGCAAAAUUUUAAUCUUGGAUUAACGGUAAUCGGCAUUUCAGGAACCAGGCCCUAAUGAGUUCAGAAAAUCGUAGGGGAAUUCAUCAGAUAAGCUUCGAAAAUUGUACACGAAUAGAACGGUCACCUACAAAUUUUUAACCGUCCUCAAGUGCAGAAAAUUAUAUUAAUGUGCAAAAUUUGCUUCUCCGAACAGUCAUUGGGUGUCAUUGCUGACUAUAUACCCCUUCCACUAUCAGUAUGGGAAGUUUUACAUUUUUUUGUUAGUUAAAGAUUAUUUAGUAUGCCUUUUAAUAUGCCCUUCAUCGCGGAUUACAUAUAUUGAAAUGCAUACGGCCAGAGAUGUAAACAAUCAACGAUGUGAUCGGUCACAGGCUGUAGCUGCUAACGGCAAAAUUGUUUUAUACUUUCAGUUUUGAGGCAGCCACAAAGCUAAUUCCCAUAAAAGGUGUCGCUUCAGCAUGCAUGCUUCGAGCUGCUUUUUAUAUAGCGCAUUACAGGAUCAUGACUUAAUGCUUUCUUGAGAGCCACACCGUUUGCGUUAACCAAUUCUGAACUUUCUAAUUUGCCACAGUUGGCCUAAAAAUUGCAACUUAGCUUUUAACUGCUUGAUACACUGUAUUUAACCUGCCCUAAAUUGUGGCCUCGAGUUACAAUGAAAGUUCAAGUUCUUUGGCUGUACUUGAUUACCUGCACAUACGUCACGACGACACAAGGAGGUAACAAGUCGAGUUUACUUUAAUAUUGUUUGCGGUAGUAUUGCUAAGUGCGCAACGUAAGGAAUCAACUUUAUUUAUUAGGACUGAGGGCUUAGUUAAUAUCAAAAAAGGUGCUAGGUUUGAAUCGAUAAAAACAAACCAGGUAAACGACUAUAUUCAUCUUAAAAUAGAUCUGGGGUUUUAUCGAAUGUUCGAAAGUGCGGUCUACAUUAUUUACACUAGGAUUUGCUCCCCUCUUCAUAUAUAUUCCGCAUACUUCGGUUAGUCUAAGCUAGCCUUCUCGAGGAAAAGAACUCGCUUUUUGCUCGACAGCAGUCUCCUCGAAAAGUCAAAGCAUCUUUUUUUUAUCUCCUCUAGCCCAUAUUUCGGCUUCAUUCAGCAACUCAGCAGGGUGAUGAAGGCGGAGUGCAGCCGAAAUAUGAGUUUCACCAAGCUCUUUCUCUCUUGGUUUCACCGAGUUGAAACAAAAUAAUAAGUUUCCAUGUCAAAGUCCUGAAAGCCUCAAUUCUUGUGGUUUUCGUUAACUUCCAGAGGAUGAUGUGAAAUGCUAAUAAUAACAAUAAUAAUAAUAAUAAUAAUAAUAAUAAUAAUGGUUUUCUUAGCAAAUUUAAACAAAUAUUGGCUCGUCUAUGCUACAGCUGUAAGUUAGAAGGUAGGAAAUACAUAGGAGAGCACAAUUUAUAAUAUUUAAUUAUGAAAUACUCUAUAAAAAGAGCGUACUUUUAUUGAGCGUUGGGUCGCGCCUUUGUUGUGCGUAUGUCGAUCCUAAGGUCUUUUGUGGCAGUCUGUUGCUCGUUUUACAAGUUGUUUGGUGUGACUUUUUGCAUUGUUCUUUUGGUUGCUUUUCAAGAAGACAGAGAAAAUUGAUCAUGAAGGAGCCCCGCCUUUGCAUGUCCAAUCUUUCCCACGGGCCUAUUGCAACUUGAAGCCAAUCUAGCGAUCCCAAAGACUCUAUUUGGGCACCACCAUGAUUAAACAGAGGUCUAAACAGUUUUUGUCAGACUUCAUUCUACUAUGACUCGGACAAAUAAAGAGCCCCGACGAGCUGUUCUGCAUACAAAAAUUCAUUCAAUGAUAUUUACCUAUAUUCCUACUGAUACGGUGUCUGUUCAAGCAUGUACUAACUGUUGCAGAAACUUGUAUUAAUAUCUGCCUUGCCACUAAUUCAAAAUGUUCCAGCCGAUACAGCUGUGAAUUCCGAGAGUCUAUAGGAGACAGUGUAGCCGAGCGGUUAGAGUUCUGGAAUUGUAAUCUAGAGGCCCCGAGUUUAAUCCACUCCCUAACCGCUUGCAGUAAUUGUCCUUGUUUGCCCCGAGUUCAAAUCCUAAUACAGUCACACUGGUAAAUAGCCAAGUGGUUUGCUCCCGAAAAUUUGGGAUUCUUAACCUCCCUUGCCACAAUGUGAAUAGAUGGUGUACCGCUAAUGGUAUUACUCCUGUAAAGCCAGCUUCUAAGCUUUUAAUGUCAUUUUCUAAAACUCAAUCUUUUUUCUUCUUUUAUUCAUUUGGUUUUAUUUUGCUUUAUGUAGCGGUCCCACGCCCACCAGAGAAUGUGACAGUUAUCACUAAGACGUCACGAGUUGUGAAUAUCUCCUGGACACCUGGCUUCAAUGGCAACAGUGAUAUUCUUAACUACACUGUAGAGAUCAGUACCGAUAAUCAGACAUUUGCAGAGGCUACAUGUCCAGGGCUAUCAAGUAGUGGCUGUGUUGUAUCAAGCUCCUUCCCAAGUGCUUCUCUUGUAGACCUACAUCCUGGAAGGACAUAUUACAUACGGGUGUUUGCUACUAACAAAGUUGGUGUCAGUUCUUUAAGCUCGGUAAUCACCACAACCACUGAUGAAGAAGGUAAAAGAUUUUUAUAAUAAGUAACAUUUCUCAGCUGCUUCUAAGCUCCAGGCAAAAUUCAAAAUUAGUCACGUUGCGUGUUAUGGCCACUUUUCAGCACUUAAACAGUUCUUUAAAAGGUCUUGGAUUGUAAUAAAUGUACAUAUAUGUCUGAGUAGGAAAUGUAAAGAGCGUAAUGUAAAAAAAGGGAUAAUACCACUGAUCAUGACUGGUUACGUUACUCCAGUAAUUGCAAGAGAGAAUGAUCAUUCUCUCUUGGUAAUUGAUAGCUCUCUUUGACAAUUUUGUGCCGUCUGGUACACUGCAAACUGGGACAUAUGUCCGACCCGACUAAGCAGCACCAUUUUAGACAAACCAGAAAAGAGUCAAUCAUAAUAUAUAUUCUUGACUUUUAAGUACUUUCAACUCCAAAAUGGUGGUGUCUACAUGUAGUAUUUGAUCUGCCCAGCCAUAAUGUCCUCUACCAAUGUCCUACGUAUACCGCAGGUGGGUUUUACGUCCAACGGGAGACUAAAUUUUAGUGGGAUAUACUUUUGUCGGAGGACUACUUGCUAUUUUUAUUAGCUCAUAUAUUGUUAUCUCUUAAUAGAGACUUCCCAGUAACAUUUAACAUUUUAGACACUUCCCAUAACUCUGUACUUGAUAAUGAGCACCCUUGAUCAGACAAAAAAAGACUCAUUUGAGCUUUAUCCUUCACUUACGGGAGCUUAGACUGUACUCAGGUAAAAACGGAACGUAGAAAGCUAUUUUCAGACUGAUUUAGAUCAGGAGCUCAUAACCCGGAGCGAGCAACUCCCAUACUAAGCCUAUAUCACGGUGUUUUUACGGAGCCGUUUAUAUUUAGACCGUUUUAGGGCACUUUUUCCCGCGAAAAUGGGAUCUCCGCCACGUCUAUGAACGCAUUGGAAGUAAAAGACAUCAAAAAGGAAAAAGGUAACGUCAUUAAAAGGGAAAAAUUAUCAUUUUUUAGGCCUGUAGGUUUUGCUGACUGGUUUGUGGGACUUUGAAGAUAUUCUAAAUUCUCGCCAAAAACCUUCUAAAAAUAAACUUGUCCGUGAAAACGCCAUGACACGAGUACAUAGAAGUUGCUCGCUCCAGGUUAUCGGCUCCUGUUUCAGUGUAUGUGCUAUGGUUUUUGUAAAACUAUAAUGUUAUUGCAGUACCAAAUGCUCCCCCAACUAACGUCAAAGGAAACAAUGUAACCUCUACAAGCAUGUUUGUACAGUGGAAUGAAGUUCCAGCAGACAAUCAAAAUGGUAUUGUAGUGAAUUAUACAGUCACCUACGCAGAGUUACCUUCUGGUGAUUCCGGAAAGGAGAUAGUGAUUGCUCCAAGAACAAAUGCUACAUUGACAGGAUUGCAAAAAUUUACCAACUACAGCAUCACAGUGUUUGCAUCUACUUCAAAAGGGGGUGGAAACAAGAGUGAGCCUAUUAUUGUCAUUACAGAUGAAGACCGUAAGUACUGUCAGUUCUGAAAUUACUCAGUCGGUUGUUAUGUACUCAUUUGGAAUCUCUAGGGUCUAAAAUGUUAAUCCACACUUUAAAAAGAAUUUUUAUUCCUUACGAAAUAGGAAAAAAAAUAUUCUGAAACGGAAAACAUGGUUCUCUCUAACUUUGAACUUGUUUAUCAGAGCCUGAUGGAGCACCACAGAAUGUGAGAGGACAUAACACCAGUUCAACCAGCAUUUCAGUAUCGUGGGAAGCAGUGCAACCUGAUCUUCAGAAUGGUAUCAUUACUGGUUACAAUAUAACGUACCNACAGUCACCUACGCAGAGUUACCUUCUGGUGAUUCCGGAAAGGAGAUAGUGAUUGCUCCAAGAACAAAUGCUACAUUGACAGGAUUGCAAAAAUUUACCAACUACAGCAUCACAGUGUUUGCAUCUACUUCAAAAGGGGGUGGAAACAAGAGUGAGCCUAUUAUUGUCAUUACAGAUGAAGACCGUAAGUACUGUCAGUUCUGAAAUUACUCAGUCGGUUGUUAUGUACUCAUUUGGAAUCUCUAGGGUCUAAAAUGUUAAUCCACACUUUAAAAAGAAUUUUUAUUCCUUACGAAAUAGGAAAAAAAAUAUUCUGAAACGGAAAACAUGGUUCUCUCUAACUUUGAACUUGUUUAUCAGAGCCUGAUGGAGCACCACAGAAUGUGAGAGGACAUAACACCAGUUCAACCAGCAUUUCAGUAUCGUGGGAAGCAGUGCAACCUGAUCUUCAGAAUGGUAUCAUUACUGGUUACAAUAUAACGUACCAGUCACUGACAGAGAAUGACAAUGGAUUUGUACUAACUGGUCCUGAUAAUCGUCAGGCUAACUUAACAGCGCUGAAGGUGUUUGUUGAGUACAAUGUUUCAGUGGUUGCAUUUACAGUAAAAGGAGACGGACCGCCUUCUGUUAUUGUUGUUAGAACAGACCAAGAUAGUAAGUUAAAUUAUUCUUUAAAAAAAAAAAAAAUAUUCGUUCUGUACAAAAAAAAUACCAAAUGGCACUAAUAAAUGAAUUUUUAUUAGUAAAAUCCAACUAGUGGUCUAUUAUCAAGGCAGCGUUGUGAUUGGUUGAGCUACUACUAGGCUAUAUGUUAUAGCCCACUACUAGCGAAAACCGCCGGCUUUUAAAACCAUAACAAUGGCGGUUGAAUCAUGUUUUGGUAGUCGUAAUUAUUUAGUUGUUUUUUUACAUUUUCUCGAUAUUUUUUUACCAACUAGUUGGAUUUUAUUAAUUAACAAUUAUCAUGGGCUAUUGACUCAGAGCCAGCUCGAAGGCUCAAUGACUCGAGGAAUAACGUUAAAUAGAUGUUCACAAAAAAACCGGCCAAAAACUAUAUAUCACUGGUUAGGGGCUGGGUUACAAGGUCAGGCGGAAUUAAAGCCGUUUUCGUACACUUUCAAGUGAGCGAAAACAGAGAUAGAAGAUAAAGGGCUCCUCAGGUCUGCAAAUAUACUCCAAAUGCCAGAUUUUAUCCAUGGAGUUCGCUAAUUCCUGUCACGUUAUUAGACAAUUAAUCGUCGUGAAACGAGUAAAAGGUUCCUCAAAAUGUUCGGCCAUUUUUGUUUUCACAACCAAGACGACUCAACCGCGUCGCCAGGUCUUCUAGGUAACGGUGCAUCAUUAACCUGCAAGAACGCUGCACUUUGACGUCAUCGGUUCAUUAAACGCAAAUUCCUCCAAAUUAGGCGGUCAGUAGUUGGUAAUGGUCAAUUAUGUGGGUGCUUUUAGCCAAUCAGAAUCUGGAAAAUAUUUUGAAUAAAUAAUAACAUGUCAUUAUGUUACUAUUUUCUUAUACAAUGUAUCUUUAACCUACCGCUAAAGCAUGCAAAAACACUAAAAUUGAUUUAAUUAUCAGAGCCUGACGGUGCACCACAAAAUGUGACAGGACAAAACACCAGUUCAACCAGCAUUUUAGUAACGUGGGAAGAAGUGCAAGCUGAGCUACGGAACGGUAUCAUUACUGGUUACAAUAUAACGUAUCAGUCACUGACAGAGAAUGACAAUGGAAUUGUAGAAGCUGGUCCUAAUGAUCAUCAGGCCAACCUAACAGGACUGAAGGAGUUUGUUGAAUAUAAUAUUUCAGUGGUUGCAUUUACAGUGAAAGGAGAUGGACCGCCUUCUGUUAUCGUUGUUAGAACUGACCAAGAUAGUGAGUCAAAUAAUUCAAAUGUAUUUUCCCUCUAAGUUAUGUUAGCGCACAGUUAUUAUUCCAGUAGAUUCCAAUCGCAAUAAACUCUCGAGCUGAAAUGAUGACGUGAUUUUAUGAACAUCUCCACCCAUUCCUCUGCUUUGCUUAAAUUCAGAAUUUUAGAAAAAUCCACUGAACACUUGUGGACGCGCUAAGAUCAUGCCGAGGAACAAGUUAAAGGCGACGAAAAUAGGCUAAAUUUCUACUGAAAACUUCAAAGCAUUUUUCACAGCAAAGUCUUGAAAUUAAAAUCCAUUAUCUCAUAGUUUAAAUUUACUGGAUAGAAGUAAAUCUAUAUGUUAAAUAAAUGAUAACUAUCAAAAACUGGUCUUUAAUUUGGUAACACUUGCCAAUGAAUUUUCCUCAUAAAUUAGCAAGUCUGUAGUUUUAAAUUGAGCAUCAACUGUAAUCUUUUUUGUCAGAGCCUGAUGGAGCACCACAAAAUGUGAGAGGACAUAACACCAGUUCAACUAGUAUUUCAGUAUCGUGGGAGGAAGUAAAAACUGACCUACAGAAUGGUAUCAUAACUGGUUACAAUAUAUCGUACGAGUCACAGACAGAGAAUGACAAUGGCGUUGUACUAGCUGGUCCUAAUGAUCGUCAGGUCAACCUAACAGGGCUGAAGGAGUUUGUUAAAUACAAUAUUUCAGUGGUUGUAUUUACAGUGAAAGGACAUGGACCGCCUUCUGUUAUUUUUGUUAGAACAGAUCAAGAUAGUAAGUUAAAUUUUUUUUAAAGAAAAAAAAAUAUUCGUUCUGUAAAAAAGAUACCAAAUGGCACUAAUAAAAAAAAUAUAUACUUUUAUUAGUAAAAUGCACCUAGUGGUCUAUUAUCAAUGCUACGUUUUGAUUGGCUGAGCUACUACUAGGCUAUACGUUAUAGCCCACUAGUAGCGUAAAACCGCCGGCUUUUAAAACCAAAACAAUUUAUAACGGCUGAAUCAUGUUUUGGUAGUCUAAAUUGUUUUGUUUUGUUUUGUUUUGUUUUUUUUUCCCGAUAUUUUUUUACCAACUAGUUGGAUUUAACUAAUCAACAAUUGUCAUGGACUAUUGACUCAGAGCCAACGCGAGGGUUCAGAGACUCGAGGAUUAAUUGUUAACUAGAUGUUAACGAAAAUACGACCAAAAACUACGCAUCACUAGUUAGGGGCUGGGUUAGAACACAACGUAAGUCAGGCGGAAUUAAAGCUGUUUUCGUACACUUUCAAGUGAGCAAAAAUAAAGAUAGAAGAUAAAGGGCUGUUCAGGUCCGCAAAUAUGCUCCAAAUACCAGAUUGUAUCCAUCGACUUGUCUAAUUCUUACUAUGUUUUCAGACAAUAAAUCGUCGUGAAACGAGUAAAAUGUUCCUUAAAAUGUUCGGCCAUUUUUAACUCGUGGGUACGCGCGAGCGUACCACGAGUUAUUGCAGGGACUGAGAUAUGCAAACGAGUCACUCGCUCACUCGUAGUAGACGCACUUCGUAAUUAAUCGGGUACGAACUCGAGAGCGCGAAGAUCUAUCGUUUCCAAAGAAGCACGCGCUCGCCGAAGUUCGGUAGCAUCAAAUUCCUCACUGAAAGCGUGCAUCGUGCGCUACAGCACGGUUAGGAUAGAAGUCUUACCAAAUUUAAGACAGGCAGGAAUCUUUCAAAUUAGUACGAUUCAAAAGCUUUUGAUCCGUCCAGGCGUUAAACUUGACGAGAGGAUGAGCAUUUUCUCUUCGACUCCUUCAACUUCGACGCUGGCUUGAUCUCCUACCUUGUAGUAGUGUAGUAGGUUAUGUGUAUGAAUGAAUUUAUGGCGGUCAGUAUAAAAAACCCGGACUGCGGACUACGGACUACGGACUGGGUAUAAAAUACGGACUAUAAAAUACGGACUGGUGAAAUGUAUGGUAAAUAAAGGCACUUCUUUUUCUUCUUCUUCUUAAGGACUCCCCAAGAUCACGGGGGGAAAUGGAUGUGAGUUUGAGCAUUACCUUUAAAAUAACAGCGAAAAUCGAGAUAUGAAAACAUCGGCUAAUGUUUUGCAUCCUACUUCGCGGAGGAUUUGUGUCGGCUUUGUAUCGCUUAUGUUCUUUCAUUGCCAUGAAAUGCGUUUACAUUGUUUUUUACUGUCAGUAGCCUGGUUUCAAUUAGCCUUAAUUUCAUCCGAUUGCUUCGAGUCUUUUUUUCAAUCGGUUAAGUAUGGCUCGAUCGUUUGCCCCGGUCGUUUGCCGGCGGAAGUUCCAUGGAAAAGGCAUUAAAACUGAGACUUUUCGCCAAAUCACGUGACCAUCCUCAAUGGCGUAGUGGCUAUGUGAGGUGGUUUCAGCCCGAAGGUACCGGGUUCAAAUUCUGCUGAGGACCUUCUUUUUCCUUUCUUCCCUUUUUCUUUUCUUUUUUGUUUUGUCUUGUUUGCCUAUUUGUUUUGCUGUUUUUUUUUGUUUUUUUGUUUUUUUUAAAAUAUAUACUUAAAUAACUGUUACUAAAGUGCAAUAAACAGCAAGAAAAGUAUUGUGUUUCCAGAACAAGGAUAGUAUAUUUAUAAUCUGAAUUUCUAUCAUUUCCUAAAAUUCACUGUGGGAAAACCAGAGGUGAUAACUACUUGAUUAUUUUCUAAACAACGUACCCACGAGUUGACGAUAGUCUUUCUUUGAUUGUUUUCACAACCAAAACGACUCAACCGCGUCCCCAGGUCUUCUCGGUAACGGUGCAUCAUUAACCUGCAAGAACGCUGCACUUUGACGUCAUCGGUUCAUUAAACGCAAAUUCCUCCAAAUUAGGAGACCAGUAGCUGGUAAUGGUCAAUUAUGCGGGUGCUUUUAGUCAAUUAGAACCGGGGAAAUAUUUUGAAUGAAUAAUAAUAUGUCAUUAUGUUAUUAUUUAAUUAUACAAUGUAUCUUUUAACCUACGGCUAAAGCAGUAACACUAAAAUUGAUUUUAUUAACAGAGCCUGACGGUGCACCACAAAAUGUGACAGGACAAAACACAAGUUCAACCAGCAUUUUAGUAUCAUGGAAAGCAGUGCAAGCUGAGCUACAGAAUGGUAUCAUUACUGGUUACAAUAUAACGUACGAGUCACAGACAGAGAAUGACAAUGGCGUUGUACUAGCUGGUUCUAAUGAUCGUCAAGCCAACCUAACAGGACUGAAGGAGUUUGUUAAAUACAAUAUUUCGGUGGUUGCAUUUACAGUGAAAGGAGAUGGACCGCCUUCUGUUAUUGUUGUUAGAACAGACCAAGAUAGUAAGUUAAAUUAUUCUUUAAAGAAAAAAAUAUUUCCUCUGUAAAAAAAGAUACCAAAUGGCACUAAUAAAUAUAUUUUUAUUAGUAAAAUCCAACUAGUGGUAUAUUAUCAAUGCUGCGUUCUGAUUGGUUGAGCUGCUACCAGGCUAUAUGUUACAGCCCACUGAUAGCGAAAAGCGGCGGCUUUUAAAACCAAAACAAUGGCGGCUGAAUCAUGUUUUGGUAGUCUAAUUUGUUUUGUUUUGUUUUUUUCUCGGUAUUUUUUUAUCAACUAGUUGGAUUUUACUACUUAAGGUGAUUUCCCAGUAAAAGAACCUAGCAUAGAUUGUAGAUGAAACUUGGUACACUGAUGUAACAAGUCAAGAAGAUGAUAAAAAGGUAAUAAAAAGUGGGGGUCACCGUGCUCUUUUUGACGUCACAAGGCUGACAAAUACGUCUAUUUUGGACCCUUUGACAAAAACCGCGCGCAGUGCAAAACUAGACAAAAAGGAAAGAUUUUUCAAUGAUGCAUUUGGUAUCGCACAGAAUUUGACUUUAAUGUAUUGUUUAUCCACUUACGUACCAGAAAAAUGCCUUUUAUUGCCCUUGUUUGUACUUUACGCUCCAAAGUAGAAUUAAAUUGGACACGCGCUAUUCGACACGUGAUAGAUCAAUCCGUUCAAUUUAGUAAAAUUGCCAAAAAACUGAACAUAGAUUUGUGCCAAUUUUUUUCUCGCCGAAAGGAAGCACUAUUCUUUUUAAAAUCAUGAAAUAAAAAAUGGGGGUCACCGUACUCGUUUUUGCGGUAGAGCUGCAGAAAGUGCGCACCAAAUGCAUUUUCCUUGAUUUUUGAGAGAGGACUGGGGCGAGUUUAAAAAAAAAUGUAUGCGAAAGGGGGAAGAAAUCCGUUUUUACAGGAUUUACAUCGAGAUAUCACAUUUAGGACACAAUGUGAUAAAGAAAGUGUUUAAAUGAAAAUCAAAGUGAGUAAGCACAAGUUAAACCUCCAGUAUCGAGGCUCUCCGAGAGGAAGUCGAACUCAGCAAUACGCGUACUGCUUACGUUAUGCACAUUCCCACCACAUUGAGUCUUACCUCGGCAAGAAACAACCGCAAGCAAAAAUUACAAUAGCGUUUCUCUUCGGUCAACUUCAUUUUAAUAAUGUUACUUCACAUGCUCUUUUCUACGGAGGCCAUCUUGUUAUGCGCAGUAAGAGAUGCGCAGUGCUAAACUAGGGAAUCACCUUAACAAUUAUUAUGGGCUAUUGACUCAGAGCCAACUCGAGGGCUCAGAGACUCCAGGAAUAGCAUACAUAGAUGUGGACAAAAAACAGGCCAAAAACUACAUAGCACUGGUUAGGGGCUGGGUUACAACACAACGUGAGGUAAGGCGGAAUUAGAGACGUUUUCGUGCACUUUCAAGUGCGCGAAAAUAAAGAUAGAAGAUAAAGGGCUCCUCAGGUCUACAAACUUUACUCCAAAUACCAGAUUUUAUCCAUCGAGUUUUCUAAUUCUUGCUACGUUUUUAGACAAUAAAUCGUCGUUAAAUGAGUAAAAUGUUCCUCAAAAUGUUCGGCCAUUUUUUUUUUACAACCAAAACGACUCAACCGCGUCCCCAGUUCUUCUCGGUAACGGUGCCUUAUUAACCUGCAAGAACGCUGCACUUUGACGUCAUCGGUUCAUUAAACGCAAAUUCCUCCAAAUUAGGUGAUAAGUAGCUGGUAAUGGUAAUUAUGCGUGUGCUUUUAGCCAAUCAGAACCGGGGAAAUAUUUUGAAUGAAUAAUAAUAUGUCAUUAUGUUAUUCUUUAAUUAUACAAUGUAUCUUUAACCUACGGCUAAAGCAGUAACACUAAAAUUGGUUUAAUUAUUAGAGCCCGACGGUGCACCACAAAAUGUGACAGGACAAAACACAAGUUCAACCAGCAUUUUAUUUUCGUGGGAAGAAGUGCAAGCUGGGCUACGGAAUGGUAUCAUUACUGGUUACAAUAUAACGUACCAGUCACUGACAGAGAAUGACAAUGGAAUUGUAGAAGCUGGUCCUGAUGAUUAUCAGGCCAACCUUACAGGACUGAAGGAGUUUGUUGAAUAUAAUAUUUCAGUGGUUGCGUUUACCGUGAAAGGAGAUGGACCGCCUUCUGUUAUUGUUGUUAGAACUGACCAAGAUAGUGAGUCAAAUAAUUCAAAUGUAUUUUCCCUCUAAGCUAUGUUAGCGCACAGUUAUCAUUCCAGUAGAUUCCUAUCGCAAUAAACUAUAGAGCUGAAAUAAUGACGUGAUUUUAUGAACAUCUCCACCCAUUCCUCUGCUUUGCUUCAUUUCAGAAUUUGAGAAAGGUCCACUCAACACUUGUGGACGCGCUAAGAUCAUGCCGAGGAACAAGUUAAAGGCGACGAAAAUAGGAUAAAUUUCUACUGAAAACUUCAAAGCAUUUUUCACAGCUUGUCCUCGCACUUUUUCUUUAAAAGCUUAUUGCUUACAAAUCUCCUCAUGAUAAAGAUGUACAUUAAAGGGAUAUGAGCAAAGUCUUGAAGUUAAAAUCUAUUAUCUCAUAGUUUAAAUUUACUGGAUAGAUGAAUCUAUAUGUUGAAUAAAUGAUAACUAUCAAAAACUGGUCUUUAAUUUGGUAACACUUGCCAAUGAAUUUUCCUCAUAAAUUAGCAAGUCUGUAGUUUUAAAUUGAGCAUCAACUGUAAUCUUAUUUUUGUCAGAGCCUGAUGGUGCACCACAAAAUGUGAGAGGACAUAACACCAGUUCAACCAGUAUUUCAGUAUCGUGGAAAGAAGUACAAACUGACCUACAGAAUGGUAUCAUAACUGGUUACAAUAUAUCGUACGAGUCACAGACAGAGAAUGACAAUGGCGUUGUACUAGCUGGUCCCAAUGAUCGUCAGGCCAACCUAACAGGACUGAAGGAGUUUGUUAAAUACAAUAUUUCGGUCGUUGCAUUUACAGUGAAAGGAGAAGGACCACCUUCUGUUAUUGUUGUUAGAACAGACCAAGAUAGUAAGUUAAAUUAUUCUUUAAAGAAAAAAAAUAUUCCUUCUGUACAAAAAGAUACCAAAUGGCACAAAAAAAUACAUUUUUAUUAGUAAAGUCCACAGUCUAGUGGUCUAUUAUCAAUACUACCUUCUGAUUGGUUGAACUACUAGUAGGCUAUAUGUUAUAGAACACUAGUAGCGAAAACCGCCGGCUUUUAAAACCAAAACAAUGGCGGCUGAAUCAUGUUUUGGUAGUCUUAAUUGUUGUGUUUUUAUUUUUCUCGAUAUUUUUUUGCCAACUAAUUGGAUUUUACUAAUUAACAAUUGUCAUGGGCUAUUAAGUCAGAGCCAACUGGACGGCUCAGAGACUCGAGGAAUAAUUGUUAAAUAGAUGUUCACAAAAAACCGACCAAAAACUACAUAUCACUGGUUAUGGGCUGGGUUACAACACAACGUGAGGUAAGGCGGAAUUAGAGACGUUUUCGUGCACUUUCAAGUGAGCGAAAAUAAAGAUAGAAGAUAAAGGGCUCCUCAGGUCUGCAAAUAUACUCCAAAUACCAGAUUUUAUCCAUCGAGUUUUCUAAUUCUUGCUAUGUUUUUAGACAAUAAAUCGUCGUUAAACGAGUAAAAUGUUCCUCAAAAUGUUCGGCCAUUUUUGUUUUCACAACCAAAACGACUCAACCGCGUCGCCAGGUCUUCUCGGUAACGGUGCAUUAUUAACUUGCAAGAACGCUGCACUUUGACGUCAUCGGUUCAUUAAACGCAAAUUCCUCCAAAUUAGGUGAUAAGUAGCUGGUAAUGGUGAUUAUGCGUGUGCUUUUAGCCAAUCAGAACCGGGGAAAUAUUUUGAAUGAAUAAUAAUAUGUCAUUAUGUUAUUCUUUAAUUAUACAAUGUAUCUUUAACCUACGGCUAAAGCAGUAACACUAAAAUUGGUAAUCAUUUCCUAAAAUUCACUGUGGGAAAACCAGAGGUGAUAACUACUUGAUUAUUUUCUAAACAACGUACCCACGAGUUGACGAUAGUCUUUCUUUGAUUGUUUUCACAACCAAAACGACUCAACCGCGUCCCCAGGUCUUCUCGGUAACGGUGCAUCAUUAACCUGCAAGAACGCUGCACUUUGACGUCAUCGGUUCAUUAAACGCAAAUUCCUCCAAAUUAGGAGACCAGUAGCUGGUAAUGGUCAAUUAUGCGGGUGCUUUUAGUCAAUUAGAACCGGGGAAAUAUUUUGAAUGAAUAAUAAUAUGUCAUUAUGUUAUUAUUUAAUUAUACAAUGUAUCUUUUAACCUACGGCUAAAGCAGUAACACUAAAAUUGAUUUUAUUAACAGAGCCUGACGGUGCACCACAAAAUGUGACAGGACAAAACACAAGUUCAACCAGCAUUUUAGUAUCAUGGAAAGCAGUGCAAGCUGAGCUACAGAAUGGUAUCAUUACUGGUUACAAUAUAACGUACGAGUCACAGACAGAGAAUGACAAUGGCGUUGUACUAGCUGGUUCUAAUGAUCGUCAAGCCAACCUAACAGGACUGAAGGAGUUUGUUAAAUACAAUAUUUCGGUGGUUGCAUUUACAGUGAAAGGAGAUGGACCGCCUUCUGUUAUUGUUGUUAGAACAGACCAAGAUAGUAAGUUAAAUUAUUCUUUAAAGAAAAAAAUAUUUCCUCUGUAAAAAAAGAUACCAAAUGGCACUAAUAAAUAUAUUUUUAUUAGUAAAAUCCAACUAGUGGUAUAUUAUCAAUGCUGCGUUCUGAUUGGUUGAGCUGCUACCAGGCUAUAUGUUACAGCCCACUGAUAGCGAAAAGCGGCGGCUUUUAAAACCAAAACAAUGGCGGCUGAAUCAUGUUUUGGUAGUCUAAUUUGUUUUGUUUUGUUUUUUUCUCGGUAUUUUUUUAUCAACUAGUUGGAUUUUACUACUUAAGGUGAUUUCCCAGUAAAAGAACCUAGCAUAGAUUGUAGAUGAAACUUGGUACACUGAUGUAACAAGUCAAGAAGAUGAUAAAAAGGUAAUAAAAAGUGGGGGUCACCGUGCUCUUUUUGACGUCACAAGGCUGACAAAUACGUCUAUUUUGGACCCUUUGACAAAAACCGCGCGCAGUGCAAAACUAGACAAAAAGGAAAGAUUUUUCAAUGAUGCAUUUGGUAUCGCACAGAAUUUGACUUUAAUGUAUUGUUUAUCCACUUACGUACCAGAAAAAUGCCUUUUAUUGCCCUUGUUUGUACUUUACGCUCCAAAGUAGAAUUAAAUUGGACACGCGCUAUUCGACACGUGAUAGAUCAAUCCGUUCAAUUUAGUAAAAUUGCCAAAAAACUGAACAUAGAUUUGUGCCAAUUUUUUUCUCGCCGAAAGGAAGCACUAUUCUUUUUAAAAUCAUGAAAUAAAAAAUGGGGGUCACCGUACUCGUUUUUGCGGUAGAGCUGCAGAAAGUGCGCACCAAAUGCAUUUUCCUUGAUUUUUGAGAGAGGACUGGGGCGAGUUUAAAAAAAAAUGUAUGCGAAAGGGGGAAGAAAUCCGUUUUUACAGGAUUUACAUCGAGAUAUCACAUUUAGGACACAAUGUGAUAAAGAAAGUGUUUAAAUGAAAAUCAAAGUGAGUAAGCACAAGUUAAACCUCCAGUAUCGAGGCUCUCCGAGAGGAAGUCGAACUCAGCAAUACGCGUACUGCUUACGUUAUGCACAUUCCCACCACAUUGAGUCUUACCUCGGCAAGAAACAACCGCAAGCAAAAAUUACAAUAGCGUUUCUCUUCGGUCAACUUCAUUUUAAUAAUGUUACUUCACAUGCUCUUUUCUACGGAGGCCAUCUUGUUAUGCGCAGUAAGAGAUGCGCAGUGCUAAACUAGGGAAUCACCUUAACAAUUAUUAUGGGCUAUUGACUCAGAGCCAACUCGAGGGCUCAGAGACUCCAGGAAUAGCAUACAUAGAUGUGGACAAAAAACAGGCCAAAAACUACAUAGCACUGGUUAGGGGCUGGGUUACAACACAACGUGAGGUAAGGCGGAAUUAGAGACGUUUUCGUGCACUUUCAAGUGCGCGAAAAUAAAGAUAGAAGAUAAAGGGCUCCUCAGGUCUACAAACUUUACUCCAAAUACCAGAUUUUAUCCAUCGAGUUUUCUAAUUCUUGCUACGUUUUUAGACAAUAAAUCGUCGUUAAAUGAGUAAAAUGUUCCUCAAAAUGUUCGGCCAUUUUUUUUUUACAACCAAAACGACUCAACCGCGUCCCCAGUUCUUCUCGGUAACGGUGCCUUAUUAACCUGCAAGAACGCUGCACUUUGACGUCAUCGGUUCAUUAAACGCAAAUUCCUCCAAAUUAGGUGAUAAGUAGCUGGUAAUGGUAAUUAUGCGUGUGCUUUUAGCCAAUCAGAACCGGGGAAAUAUUUUGAAUGAAUAAUAAUAUGUCAUUAUGUUAUUCUUUAAUUAUACAAUGUAUCUUUAACCUACGGCUAAAGCAGUAACACUAAAAUUGGUUUAAUUAUUAGAGCCCGACGGUGCACCACAAAAUGUGACAGGACAAAACACAAGUUCAACCAGCAUUUUAUUUUCGUGGGAAGAAGUGCAAGCUGGGCUACGGAAUGGUAUCAUUACUGGUUACAAUAUAACGUACCAGUCACUGACAGAGAAUGACAAUGGAAUUGUAGAAGCUGGUCCUGAUGAUUAUCAGGCCAACCUUACAGGACUGAAGGAGUUUGUUGAAUAUAAUAUUUCAGUGGUUGCGUUUACCGUGAAAGGAGAUGGACCGCCUUCUGUUAUUGUUGUUAGAACUGACCAAGAUAGUGAGUCAAAUAAUUCAAAUGUAUUUUCCCUCUAAGCUAUGUUAGCGCACAGUUAUCAUUCCAGUAGAUUCCUAUCGCAAUAAACUAUAGAGCUGAAAUAAUGACGUGAUUUUAUGAACAUCUCCACCCAUUCCUCUGCUUUGCUUCAUUUCAGAAUUUGAGAAAGGUCCACUCAACACUUGUGGACGCGCUAAGAUCAUGCCGAGGAACAAGUUAAAGGCGACGAAAAUAGGAUAAAUUUCUACUGAAAACUUCAAAGCAUUUUUCACAGCUUGUCCUCGCACUUUUUCUUUAAAAGCUUAUUGCUUACAAAUCUCCUCAUGAUAAAGAUGUACAUUAAAGGGAUAUGAGCAAAGUCUUGAAGUUAAAAUCUAUUAUCUCAUAGUUUAAAUUUACUGGAUAGAUGAAUCUAUAUGUUGAAUAAAUGAUAACUAUCAAAAACUGGUCUUUAAUUUGGUAACACUUGCCAAUGAAUUUUCCUCAUAAAUUAGCAAGUCUGUAGUUUUAAAUUGAGCAUCAACUGUAAUCUUAUUUUUGUCAGAGCCUGAUGGUGCACCACAAAAUGUGAGAGGACAUAACACCAGUUCAACCAGCAUUUCAGUAUCGUGGAAAGAAGUACAAACUGACCAACAGAAUGGUAUCAUAACUGGUUACAAUAUAUCGUACGAGUCACAGACAGAGAAUGACAAUGGCGUUGUACUAGCUGGUCCUAAUGAUCGUCAGGCUACCCUAACAGGACUGAAGGAGUUUGUUAAAUACAAUAUUUCAGUGGCUGCAUUUACAGUGAAAGGAGAUGGACCGCCUUCUGUUAUUGUUGUUAGAACAGACCAAGAUAGUAAGUUAAAUUUUUUUUUAAAGAAAAAAAAUAUUCGUUCUGUAAAAAAAGAUACCAAAUGGCACUAAUAAACAUGCUUUUAUUAGUAAAAUCCACCUAGUGGUCUAUUAUCAAUGCUACGUUCUGAUUGGCUGAGCUACUACAAGGUUAUAUGUUAUAGCCCACUAGUAACGAAAACCGCCGGCUUUUAAAACCAAAACAAUGGCGGCUGAAUCAUGUUUUGGUAGCCUAAAUUGUUUUGUUUUGUUUUGUUUCUUUUUUUCCUCGAUAUUUUUUUAUCAACUAGGUGGAUUUUACUAAUUAACAAUUGUCAAUCCGAGGGCUCAGAGACUCGAGGAAUAAUUGUUAAAUAGAUGUUCACAAAAAACCGGCCAAAAACUAUAAUUUAUAUCACUGGUUUGGGGUGGGGUUACAACACAACGUGAGGUCAGGCGGAAUUAAAGCCAUUUUCGUACACUUUGAAAUGAGCGAAAAUAAAGAUAGAAGAUAAAGGGCUCCUUAGAUCUGCAAAUAUCCUCCAAAUACCAGAUUUUAUCCAUCGAGUUGUCUACUUCUUGCUAUGUUUUUAGACAAUAAAUCGUCGUGAAACGAGUAAAAUGUUCCUUAGAAUGUUCUAUCAUUUUUGUUUUCACAACCAAAACGACUCAACCGCGUCCCCAGGUCUUCUGGGUAACGGUGCCUCAUUAACCUGCAAGAACGCUGCACUUUGACGUCAUCGGCUCAUUAAACGCAAAUUCCUCCAAAUUAGGUGAUCAUUAGCUGGUAAUGGUCUUUUAUGCGUGUGCUUUUAGCCAAUCAGAACCGGGGAAAUAUUUUGAAUGAAUAAUAAUAUGUCAUUAUGUUAUUCUUUAAUUAUACAAUGUAUCUUUAACCUACGGCUAAAGCAGUAACACUAAAAUUGGUUUAAUUAUUAGAGCCCGACGGUGCACCACAAAAUGUGACAGGACAAAACACAAGUUCAACCAGCAUUUUAUUUUCGUGGGAAGAAGUGCAAGCUGGGCUACGGAAUGGUAUCAUUACUGGUUACAAUAUAACGUACCAGUCACUGACAGAGAAUGACAAUGGAAUUGUAGAAGCUGGUCCUGAUGAUUAUCAGGCCAACCUUACAGGACUGAAGGAGUUUGUUGAAUAUAAUAUUUCAGUGGUUGCGUUUACCGUGAAAGGAGAUGGACCGCCUUCUGUUAUUGUUGUUAGAACUGACCAAGAUAGUGAGUCAAAUAAUUCAAAUGUAUUUUCCCUCUAAGCUAUGUUAGCGCACAGUUAUCAUUCCAGUAGAUUCCUAUCGCAAUAAACUAUAGAGCUGAAAUAAUGACGUGAUUUUAUGAACAUCUCCACCCAUUCCUCUGCUUUGCUUCAUUUCAGAAUUUGAGAAAGGUCCACUCAACACUUGUGGACGCGCUAAGAUCAUGCCGAGGAACAAGUUAAAGGCGACGAAAAUAGGAUAAAUUUCUACUGAAAACUUCAAAGCAUUUUUCACAGCUUGUCCUCGCACUUUUUCUUUAAAAGCUUAUUGCUUACAAAUCUCCUCAUGAUAAAGAUGUACAUUAAAGGGAUAUGAGCAAAGUCUUGAAGUUAAAAUCUAUUAUCUCAUAGUUUAAAUUUACUGGAUAGAUGAAUCUAUAUGUUGAAUAAAUGAUAACUAUCAAAAACUGGUCUUUAAUUUGGUAACACUUGCCAAUGAAUUUUCCUCAUAAAUUAGCAAGUCUGUAGUUUUAAAUUGAGCAUCAACUGUAAUCUUAUUUUUGUCAGAGCCUGAUGGUGCACCACAAAAUGUGAGAGGACAUAACACCAGUUCAACCAGCAUUUCAGUAUCGUGGAAAGAAGUACAAACUGACCAACAGAAUGGUAUCAUAACUGGUUACAAUAUAUCGUACGAGUCACAGACAGAGAAUGACAAUGGCGUUGUACUAGCUGGUCCUAAUGAUCGUCAGGCUACCCUAACAGGACUGAAGGAGUUUGUUAAAUACAAUAUUUCAGUGGCUGCAUUUACAGUGAAAGGAGAUGGACCGCCUUCUGUUAUUGUUGUUAGAACAGACCAAGAUAGUAAGUUAAAUUUUUUUUUAAAGAAAAAAAAUAUUCGUUCUGUAAAAAAAGAUACCAAAUGGCACUAAUAAACAUGCUUUUAUUAGUAAAAUCCACCUAGUGGUCUAUUAUCAAUGCUACGUUCUGAUUGGCUGAGCUACUACAAGGUUAUAUGUUAUAGCCCACUAGUAACGAAAACCGCCGGCUUUUAAAACCAAAACAAUGGCGGCUGAAUCAUGUUUUGGUAGCCUAAAUUGUUUUGUUUUGUUUUGUUUCUUUUUUUCCUCGAUAUUUUUUUAUCAACUAGGUGGAUUUUACUAAUUAACAAUUGUCAAUCCGAGGGCUCAGAGACUCGAGGAAUAAUUGUUAAAUAGAUGUUCACAAAAAACCGGCCAAAAACUAUAAUUUAUAUCACUGGUUUGGGGUGGGGUUACAACACAACGUGAGGUCAGGCGGAAUUAAAGCCAUUUUCGUACACUUUGAAAUGAGCGAAAAUAAAGAUAGAAGAUAAAGGGCUCCUUAGAUCUGCAAAUAUCCUCCAAAUACCAGAUUUUAUCCAUCGAGUUGUCUACUUCUUGCUAUGUUUUUAGACAAUAAAUCGUCGUGAAACGAGUAAAAUGUUCCUUAGAAUGUUCUAUCAUUUUUGUUUUCACAACCAAAACGACUCAACCGCGUCCCCAGGUCUUCUGGGUAACGGUGCCUCAUUAACCUGCAAGAACGCUGCACUUUGACGUCAUCGGCUCAUUAAACGCAAAUUCCUCCAAAUUAGGUGAUCAUUAGCUGGUAAUGGUCUUUUAUGCGUGUGCUUUUAGCCAAUCAGAAUCGGGGAAAUAUUUUGAAUGAAUAAUAAUGUGUCAGUAUGUUUUAUAGCGGAGCCCUCACGCUCGAAGCGCGCCCAGAGGAGCACCAUGGGUAAUAAAAUUUGGCAAGCCCUCCAUCGGACAAAUUUUGGUUAUGACGUCAGCUCACGUCCGUCCGUACGGACUUUCCGGGUAGUGGAAAGUAGAAACGAAUUCCUCCCCUCUCCCUUAGAGAGUUUUGUCCCCUAUUAUUUCAAAAGGCUUAAGAAAUGAUUCCAAAUUAGAAUCUGUCAACUGAGCAAAUGUUUGGUUGAUUUUAGGGGCCGACUACUNCUUGCCAAUGAAUUUUCCUCAUAAAUUAGCAAGUCUGUAGUUUUAAAUUGAGCAUCAACUGUAAUCUUAUUUUUGUCAGAGCCUGAUGGUGCACCACAAAAUGUGAGAGGACAUAACACCAGUUCAACCAGCAUUUCAGUAUCGUGGAAAGAAGUACAAACUGACCAACAGAAUGGUAUCAUAACUGGUUACAAUAUAUCGUACGAGUCACAAACAGAGAAUGACAAUGGCGUUGUACUAGCUGGUCCUAAUGAUCGUCAGGCUACCCUAACAGGACUGAAGGAGUUUGUUAAAUACAAUAUUUCAGUGGCUGCAUUUACAGUGAAAGGAGAUGGACCGCCUUCUGUUAUUGUUGUUAGAACAGACCAAGAUAGUAAGUUAAAUUUUUUUUUAAAGAAAAAAAAUAUUCGUUCUGUAAAAAAAGAUACCAAAUGGCACUAAUAAACAUGCUUUUAUUAGUAAAAUCCACCUAGUGGUCUAUUAUCAAUGCUACGUUCUGAUUGGCUGAGCUACUACAAGGUUAUAUGUUAUAGCCCACUAGUAACGAAAACCGCCGGCUUUUAAAACCAAAACAAUGGCGGCUGAAUCAUGUUUUGGUAGCCUAAAUUGUUUUGUUUUGUUUUGUUUCUUUUUUUCCUCGAUAUUUUUUUAUCAACUAGGUGGAUUUUACUAAUUAACAAUUGUCAAUCCGAGGGCUCAGAGACUCGAGGAAUAAUUGUUAAAUAGAUGUUCACAAAAAACCGGCCAAAAACUAUAAUUUAUAUCACUGGUUUGGGGUGGGGUUACAACACAACGUGAGGUCAGGCGGAAUUAAAGCCAUUUUCGUACACUUUGAAAUGAGCGAAAAUAAAGAUAGAAGAUAAAGGGCUCCUUAGAUCUGCAAAUAUCCUCCAAAUACCAGAUUUUAUCCAUCGAGUUGUCUACUUCUUGCUAUGUUUUUAGACAAUAAAUCGUCGUGAAACGAGUAAAAUGUUCCUUAGAAUGUUCUAUCAUUUUUGUUUUCACAACCAAAACGACUCAACCGCGUCCCCAGGUCUUCUGGGUAACGGUGCCUCAUUAACCUGCAAGAACGCUGCACUUUGACGUCAUCGGCUCAUUAAACGCAAAUUCCUCCAAAUUAGGUGAUCAUUAGCUGGUAAUGGUCUUUUAUGCGUGUGCUUUUAGCCAAUCAGAAUCGGGGAAAUAUUUUGAAUGAAUAAUAAUGUGUCAGUAUGUUUUAUAGCGGAGCCCUCACGCUCGAAGCGCGCCCAGAGGAGCACCAUGGGUAAUAAAAUUUGGCAAGCCCUCCAUCGGACAAAUUUUGGUUAUGACGUCAGCUCACGUCCGUCCGUACGGACUUUCCGGGUAGUGGAAAGUAGAAACGAAUUCCUCCCCUCUCCCUUAGAGAGUUUUGUCCCCUAUUAUUUCAAAAGGCUUAAGAAAUGAUUCCAAAUUAGAAUCUGUCAACUGAGCAAAUGUUUGGUUGAUUUUAGGGGCCGACUACUUGACUUUUGAGCGGUUUAUGGGUGAUUUCAGAAAAAAUAUCCUGCAGACUGAUUUCCAGUGGAGAAAAGCCUGCAAAGAAAUUCCUGGGAAAAACAAUAUCCUGCACUGAAAAAACUAUUACUAAUGACGUAUAAUGCUGAAAAAAUCUUACAAUGUUAUAUGUGGGGGAAAAUUUCUUACUCCAGAGGUUUGGGGAAAAAUUAUUACCUCAAAAUCACCCUUAUCCCGCUCCCCCACAUACGCCCAAUUGUCAUGUCAACCAUUUAGGGAGUGGGGAAGAAAUGAAUUUGACACAUCAGUAAAUGUCGUCCAUCAACAAAAUGGUUGGCGCGCGUUAAUCAAGGGGUGGUUUUCAAGACUAAAGUUUUGCAUGAUUUCAAGAUUGAAAAUACGCCGAUAAAAGACACGAUUGGAAAGAGAAAGUUCAGUGGAAUGCUCAGUUUCCUUUUUGUGGACAAACGAAAGCUUUUCACUAUGAAAUUGUCUUUCGAAGAAUUCAACCUUGUUUCUACACGGCGGAUCGUAGCGGUUGGCUUGUUUUGAGCCAACCAAGGCCGCGAGGAUUCUGAAGAAACUUAAAGUACAUUCUGUACUCUAUGGUCAAGGAACUGAGUGUACGUUUUUAAAAGAGGAUUUUUGUAUUUAUAAAGGUUUCAUGGAUGUUUUCUACAUUUUGACAUCGGCUUGAAAGAACCACAAAAUGUACAUUUGAAAUUGAUUUUAUGCCAGAUGCUCAGCCGAUUUAACUUACGUGAACAGAUCCAUCAUUCAGUUUUAGUUACGUGAAGUGCUUUUUAGGAUUAACUUAUGGGUUUUUGAAUAAAAAUCUUCGAGAAAUUAAGUUAAAUUAAGAAAUUAAGUUAUUUAUCUGUCAUUGUUCAUUAAUAACAUUAGCUCAAAAAACAACCGUGAGAUUUUUAGCUGAAACACUUCAGAAUCGGGCUACUCCCCUUUCUUGAAUUAUGUUAGAGGGUGGUAACCCUAUUGCUAGGCAUCAUGGGGAGGGGCUUGAGAGAGCCACGUUCUGUGAUGGCGUUGAGUUGAGUUACUGUCUUGUUACUGUUAGAGCUCUCACCGAAACAUGGUACCAGGAGUGUGAACAAACGCUGAUUAUUCUGCUGCUAUCGAUCUGCUAUCGAUCUGACUUUCUGUGAUCUUGUUUGUCUGUGAGUGUGGAAUCUCGUCGAUCGCUCAAACAUACUGCCUGGAUCCUCGCGCCAAAAAACCACGAGUUAAACAUGUCGGAAGAAGGAGCCGAAGCUGCGGCCCCAGCUCAAGAUCAAAAUCAAGGUUUCUUUACUGGUAAUAUCAUGAACUUAGAGCUACCCAAGUUCGAUUCCCGCCGGGAGAAUCGGCUAGAAGCAUUGAAAGCCUUUAAAAAGAAAUGUGGUUACAUCUUCAAAGGAAGUCUUGUGAAUAUUUCGAAUGAAAGAAAAUGUAUUCUGGUUCAAGAUUGGCUUGGCCCUGAAUGUCAAAAGAUAUACGACAGCCUGGACUGGUUUGAAGGUGAGGAUGUAAACGACUAUGAUCUGAUGUGGACUAAGUUGGAGCGAGCGGUAAGUCCAGAAUGUAACGAGAUUGUUGCUUCUAAGAAAUUUAAAGAAUGAGUGCAAAAACCUGGAGAGACAAUAACUGCAUUUGUCACUGAUCUGUUGCUGUUAGUGAAAGACUGUAAUUAUGUAGACGAAGAUAGACAAGUGAGAGAUCAGUUUGUUUAUGGUGUCUCUGAUGAAGAACUAAAGAAAAGAUUGCUAGAAAAAGGAAACACUCUCACAAGAGUUGAAGCUAUUACAAUUGGCAAGGCUUAUGAAAGUACAAAGAUUGGAGUCCAAGAGUGCAGUGCAAACCGAACUCCUGCAAAAGAGAGUAUAAAAGCUGUUUCUAAAGAUAAGCCCAAGAAAGUCCUCAUGUGUAAUUACUGUGCAAACAAGAAAGGAGCUCAUAGCUUUUCAGACAAGAAACUCUGCCCCGCCUGGGGAGCAGUCUGCAGAAAAUGCAAGGCCAAAAAUCACUUUCAAGACUCAAAGGAGUGUAAACGCUUACAAAAAGGAAAACAGGAGAAACACUCAGAUCCAAAACAAUCAAAAUCAACCUCAAAACCGUUUGUACUGAGAGUAGAAGAAGAUGGUGAGGAUCACUAUUAUGAAGUUCUUGACAAAAUCUGUGUGCUUAAUCAAAACUGUGAUCACAAGAAAGCUUUUGCAAACCUACUGCUGUCGAAGAAAAGAAUUCCUGUUAGCUUUCAGAUAGACUCUGGUUCAACAUGUAGCAUUCUCCCUGUGAAUGUGUACAAAGACAUCAGUGGAGAUUAUGAUCUCACUGACCUUAACACUGUAGUCAAGCCUGUUCUGUCUCUCUAUGAUGAAGAAACCAAAAUUCAGACCCUGGGAACCAGAAAAGUCUUUGUGCUAAAUCCUGCAACCAGUGAAGAAAGGAUAAUUCAGUUUAGAAUUGUUGACAGAGACCUAACACCUCUGAUCGGUCUAAAUGACUCUGAAACACUCAAACUCAUUGAGCUCUUAAGAGAGAAUAUUGCUGUAGUAGCCCCAGCCAACCCAAGUGUCCCUGUAACUGCCAGUGAAGUGACAGUACCACUCACCUUGGAGACCAUUCUGACUAACUACCCUCAAGUCUUUCAUGACAGUAUAGGAAAGUUUGAGGGCGAACUACAUCUUCACACAAGUAAUGAUGUCACUCCUCACAAAACAGCUCCUAGAGAAAUCCCUCUCUCUGUGAGGAACAACUUUAUUGCUGAAGUAAAAGACCUCCAACAGCGAGGUAUAAUUGAGAAAGUGACUGAGCCUACCGAAUGGGUAAGUGCUCCUACAAUUGUAAACAAACCUUCUGCUAAGAAUGGAAUUAGACUCUGCAUAGACAGCAGACCACUGAACACGGCACUCAAACGAUCUGAGUACCCAAUCCCAACUGUUGACCAUCUGCUUACAGACAUUAGCAAUGCUAAAGUAUUCUCUCUAGCUGAUAUCAAGACUGCUUUUUGGCAUGUACCAUUAGAUGCAGAAAGCUCCUUGCUGACAACCUUCAAUACCCCUCUUGGACGGAUGAAAUGGAAAAGAAUGCCUUUUGGCAUCAGUGUAGCACCUGAAGAAUUUCAAAGAAGAAUUGAUGAGAACCUAGAAGGAUUAGAAGGUGUAAAAGCCAUAGCUGAUGACAUAUUGAUCUGGGGCGAUGGAGAAAACAUUGAAGAAGCAACAGCUAGCCAUGACAAGAGAUUGCUUGCCUUGUUGGAGCGAUGCCAUCAGAAGAAUAUUAAACUUAAUAAGGAGAAGUUCCGGCUGAGGAAGACUGAGUUGUUCUACAUGGGUGUGGUCCUUACAGACAAAGGAGUUAAACCUGACCCCAAGAAACAAGAGUGUAUUCAGUCAAUGCCUGCCCCAACAAACAAAGAUGAAGUCAGAAGACUACUUGGUGUUGUUACCUACCUCUCAAGAUUUUCAGAAGACUUGUCAACCAAGUCAGAACCGAUACGAGCUCUGCUGAAGAACAACACUGCGUUUAUCUGGGAAGAAAAUGAACAGAAAGCUUUUGAUGAAAUUAAGACCCUCAUUCUGAAUGCACCACUGCUAAGAUACUUCAAUGUGGCUGCACAAGUUGAAGUCCAAGUGGACGCAUCAUCAAGUGGUUUAGGAGCCUGCCUCAUGCAAGGCGGCCAACCUAUACAGUAUGCAUCGAGAGCAUUAACAGACACUGAAAAACGCUACAGCCAAAUCGAGGAAGAGAUGCUUAGUUUUGUAUUUGGGCUCACUAGAUUUCAUACCUACACUUAUGGAGGGAAAGUGACAGUCUAUAACGACCACAAACCCCUUGCUGCCGUAUUGAAGAAACCUGUUGAAGAUAAUCCUGUUAGACUUCAGCGAAUGCUAUGUAGAAUCAUGGGAUAAGAUUUCGAAUUCAAGUAUGUAAAAGGCAAAGAGCCCUUUAUUGCUGAUGCCCUGAGCACAUCUCGAACUACUAACCAGCACCGAAGCAGGAUCGAACAAGAGAUUGAAACGACAAGACUUGUUCAUAAAGAACAAAGCUUAACAAGCAACUUCGCUAAAAUUGCAGAAGCCACUGCAAAGGACGCUGUCUGACAGUCUGUCGUCGACCACAUAUCUAUGGCUGGAAACCAAGCAAACGAAACGUUCCUAUUGAAAUCUUACCGUAUUGGAACAUUAAGGAUGAACUUUCCUUUAACGAUGGAAUCAUUUACAGGAGUGAUCGAAUCGUAGUUCCGGCAACAAUCCGAAAGACUCUGAUUAUUAAAUAACACCAAGUACAUAUAGGCACCGGGUCAACCCUUAGGCGUGCUAGAACUUCAUUAUGGUGGCCCGGAAUGAACAAUCAAUUGAAACAGUUCAUCGCUACAUGUGAAGUCUGCAAUGCUUUCCAGACUAAGAACCAAAAAGAAACACUAAUCAGUCAUGAAAUUCCUAACAGACCCUGGUCAAAAGUUGGAUCUGAUAUUUUUAAAUGGAACAAAGAACACUAUAUAUCUUGUUCUAGUUGACUAUUACAGUGACUGGAUUGAAUUUGACCAGAAACUCAUAAGGGGUUGAAACGUGUAACUCGCGCUCAAUGCUCGUGAAUAUUCAAUUUUACCAUAUUUGGAAACCUUAGUGACAGAUAUCCAUUUUCAACACAAUGGCUGUGUGCCGGGCGAUCACCAUGCAGAUGUUUGAAGACAAGAGUUCUGCAUUUCAGGCUUAAAAAUACACCGUUAAAAGACAAAAAAAUGGAAAGAGAAAGUUAAAAAGAAUGCUCAGCUUUCUUUUUGUGGAAGAAGGGAAGCUUUGCAUCAAGAAAUCCUCCUUCGAGGAAUUCAACCUUGUUUUCUUCACGACGGAUCUCUCAACCGAGGCACUGAAGUUUUUGCUGAAUUUUCAGGUACAUUUUGCACUCUAUAGCCAAGACAAUUACGUUUUUGAAAGGGAAUUUAUGUAUUUUCAAAUGUCUCAUAGAUGUUUUAUAUUUUUUUCUCUUCGGCGCUAAAGAAAAAUUACAAAAUGUGCCCCGAUUUGAGAUGGAUUUUGUGUUAAAUUUUGCCAUGUGCUCAGCCGAUUUCACUUGCGUGAACGGAUCCGAGAUAGUGUUUUCCGAAUUGCUUUAAAGGAUUAACUUUUUGGAUUUUGAGUAAAAAUUUUCAAGAAACGGCUUCUCUGUCUAUUGUUUUAAGUUUGUUCAUUCAUAAACUUAGCUCAAAACACGAUCUUGACUACAACAUCCAAGCUGAAUUUAAGCUCAAAUGCUUCUCACAUUCAUCACACGCAUCACUUUUUGCGAAGAUGUCAGGUUCAGGUUUUGGACACUUUUCGAUACGCGGCUAAUAAAUUUUAUUCCAAAAUAUUUUUUACUGUUUAUUAUAGACUUUUAAUUUAAGAAUAUUAAAAGCCUAUUUGCAUUAUAAGGUUACUGCGCAGAGGGUCAACGAGGCAUCGUUUUUUGAAGUGACUGAACUUCGAGAAGUUGCGAGGACGUCAAAGGGUUUCAUAGGGUUACGUUUGGCCCGGGUGGUAAGGCAAUAUCCUGCUCAGUGUUUCGGUAAGAUUCCUGGUUUCAACCUUUGAAAGCUUUCUCGCCAUUCGGGAGUUUUUCCCCCGUUUGUCGGCCAUUUUUUUAAGCGGGCGCGGGAACCUGAAGUAAAACUACGUUACGUUGUUUACGAAGUUUGAUUGGUCAGUUAUCUCUUCUUCUCGUUCCAAAUAUGGUACUUUCGAAAAUGAAUAAUCACGAGCAUCGGACAAAGCAAACAUAUGAGAGUUACACGUUUCAACCCCUUAUGAGCUUCUGAUUUGACUUGAUGAAACACCAAACUGCAUGUGAAACCAUUAAUCUAAUGCAAAAACAAUUUGCGAGAUGGGGAAUUCCUGAUGAGAUCGUCACAGACUGUGGUAAGAAGUACGACUCAGUCGAGCUCUCGCAAUUCUGCCAACGAAAGAAGAUUAAACAUACCAAAUCUUCACCAUAUCACCACUAAAGUAAUGGAAAAGCUGAAUCUGCUGUGAAAAACUUUGCUGGGGAAAGCUGAGAAAACAAAAUUGAGUCCGGAGUCCGUACGAAGCAUUACUUGACCAGCACAACACGCCUACUGCUGGCAUGACAACACCUCCCGCACAAAGAUUCCUAAACCGUCGAACAACAACUGAAGUACCUAUGAAAGCGACAUUACUGACACCUGAUAUUGCAGAAACAGUGUUAGCAGAGAAAACUAAGAAACACCAGAAAUUUCAAGCCUAUUAUGACCGCACUGCUAAAGACCUAAAUGAAUUAAAGCCUGGAGAUACGGUUAGAGUCAAGCUUGAAGGUCUGUUGAAAGGACAAGAGUGGAAGAAAGGAACUGUCUCACAGAACUGUGGAUACCAUUCAUACGAUGUUAAUGUGGAUGGUAAACUGCUCAGAAGAAACCGUGUACAUCUUAACGAAGAUCAGCAAGUCAAAGUUACGGAACCCUCCUCGAAAUCUGGAGAACAGAAAACUACAGCCGAAGACCUACCUGUCGCUGUUGUUGAAAAGAGUGGAAAAAAAAUCAAGCCAGUAAAAGACACUGCAAAGGCUGCAGAACCUGCUAAAUGCACUAAGAUGGACCUUAUUACUGUUAAACGUACUCGUUCGGGACGCUUAGUGAAAAUGCCGCAAAGAUACUCUAGUUAAACGUAAAAUUGUAAAUUUUACUGGGGGGAAGGUGUUAGAGGGUGGUAACCCUAUUGCUAGGCAUCAUGGGGAGGGGCUUGAGAGAGCCACGUUCUGUCAUGGCGUUGAGUUGAGUUACUGUCUUGUUACUGUUAGAGCUCUCACCGAAACAAAUUAAAACUAAAGUGCUGUUUUUGUACAUGUUCCAUUGAUUGCCAUUCACUUUCGUAUUCAAUUAUAUGCCAUUGAAGAGUUUUGCAUUGUGUAGAAUUUAAGAAUUUCAGCAGUUUUGCGGUAUGCUGCUCUUUUUCCUUAACUCGUGCCCGGAAUACAGCUGAAUACCGCAUUUUUUCGGUUGUUUGUUUACGGCUUUAUUACUCUCGCCAGUUUGCCAGUCCAGUUUUUCUAUUUUUUUUUUUUAAAUGCAAAGUUGUAAGUUUCUGUAUUACAGUUAGUAGCGUAAAAGGUUAUUGAUUGCUUUCCUAUGUCUAUCCUCAAAGAAAAUAUUAUACCCCUUGCAGUAAAGUUUUCUUUCAGAUAUUUUGAGGUAAAAAGGUAAAGGCUAAAAAUAACUGUUUGUCCGGACCCGUUGAAAAAAAACAAGAAAAGAAAAGAAAAUAUAAUGGGCUUACGAGAAGACAAAAGUUCGCUAGAAUUUCCUUUUAGGUCUUCCCUUUAAGACAGAAAUAGUGACCCUAGAAUCGUGACCUGUAAAUUGCUGCCAUUAAAGAGACCUACAAUUUCACAAGUAUUUCAAUUAAGGUCUGUUUGCGAUAUAUUUUUUCCUAAUCAUUUAGCCCCUCCUUCAAAAGGUAAACUCAUGCCGAAGGCUCCUGCAGUUCUGUUAAUAGGGAUGUGAAGAUUUAUUUUCUUGACUUAGAGUUCAUGUUACUACUUUUCAAUUUGAUUGCUUUUAUCAUAAGUAUAGAAACGGAGGCUUCGCUUUUAGCCCUGGCUAAAUCUAUAUAUUUUAAUUGUACAACUGAAUGUAUCUUUAACUUACGGCUAAAGCAGUAACACUGAAAUUGGUUUGAUUAUCAGAGCCUGAAGGUGCACCACAAAAUGUGACAGGACAAAACACCAGUUCAACCAGCAUUUCAGUAUCAUGGGAAGCAGUGCAAGCUGAGUUACAGAACGGUAUCAUUACUUUUUACAAUAUAACGUACGAGUCACAGACAGAGAUUGACGAUGGAGUUGUACUAGCUGGUCCUAAUGAUCGUCAGGCCAACCUAACAGGACUGAAGGAGUUUGUUAAAUACAAUAUUUCAGUGGUUGCAUUUGCAGUGAAAGGACAUGGACCGCCUUCUGUUAUUUUUGUUACAACAGACCAAGAUAGUAAGUCUUACAAGACCGUUUUUUUCUUUACUGCUUUAUUAAUCUAUUUUCCUUUUUCUUUUGGUUGUUUGUUCUCUUUUUUUACGGGCGAAGAUGCCCCGGCACCUAAACUUAAAGAACGUUGACAAUAAGCGCUGAACAAAUUCUGGCACUUGGUAGGCAAAAGAAUUUUUACCAAAUGGCGAACGUAAACGUUACUAAAACUUCCAUAUGCGUUUAAAUAACAGCUGUUGUUUCCAAAUACUUUGAUGGAUUUUGUUAUCUGUCAAAGCUUUUCACAAUCACCACUUUUAAUUUUGUUUGUUUAUUUGUUUUGUACCUUUUGCCAAUGUUUGUUGAUCUUUGUCUGUAGUAAGUAAGUAAGUAGGUAAGUAUUAUACUAAGUAAGUAACUUUAUUUAAUCAGAGUAGCCCCUUCAGCAACGAGGCUAGAGACCUGAGAGAUUUAACCAGUUUAGCACACAGAAGGUGUCAUCUGAGGUGUUCUUCCGUAAUAUAAUUCGAGCUGCGCGGUUUUGUAGGCGUUGUAACUCUUUGCAACACCCCUCUGAGAUUUUCCCCCACGCAACAUCAGCGUAGUCAAAUAAUGGCUGCACGAGUGAAGUGGAUACCUGUUUAGAGGCUUCCAGCGUGAGGCAUGAUCGUAUACGAGACAAAAUCCCUAGCCUCCUACUGACUUUGCUGCUUACAUACUCGACGUGGUCUUUCCAAUAAAGGUUCUCAUCUAAAACACCUAAAUAGCUAAAUUUAUCUACUCUUUCUAAAGUUUUUCCGUAUAACUGUAUACAAAAAUUUGAUGAUUUGCCAAGAUUCUGCCAACUUCCAAAGAGCAUUGAUUUUGUUUUACCCUGAUUAAGGAUAAGCCUGCUACUUUCCAUCCAUUGUACAGGUCAUCCUUUACUACACCAGCUAUCUCCGAGGUGCAAAGAUUCGUAAAACACACUGCAGUAUCAUUGGCAGACAUAUUAAUAGAAUAGUUUUCUAGACACUGCAGCAGGUCAUCAAUGUAUAAAACAAAAAGCAGAGGCCCCAAAAUUGAACCUUGAAUGACACCAAAACGGAUGGCUUGUGUUGAGGACAUGUCAUUUCCAAAUUGCACUCCUUGAGUUCGUGUUGUAAGAUAGUUCUGGAACUAGUCCAGACUACUUCCUCUGACGUCAUAGUGUUCUAGCUUAAAAAGUAGACAUUCAUGGUCGACGAAGUUGAAAGCUUUUUUCAAGUCAAUAAACACAGCUCCUGUAAUCAUUUGCCUAUCCAUAUUUUCCACAAUAUAAUCAGUGAGGUAAACUACCGCAGUUUCCGUAGAGUGCUUCUUUCGAAAACCCGAUUGGUAGUCUGACAAUAAGUCAUGUUCUGUUCAAAAAGCCAAGAAUUGUACUUGAAUAGCGCGCUCCAUGAUCUUUGACACCAGGGGGAGAACUGAGAUUGGUCGGUAAUCAUUCACAUCGUUCCUUGCUCCUGAUUUAAUAAUAGGUGUUACUCUUGCAUCUUUCCACUCAGAUAGAAUAAGUCCUGUUAAAACACCAAGGUUAACCAGAUACGUGAUCGGCUUAGCUAUAUUAAACUGGAGCUGCAUCCUUCAAAAGUCUCGGAGUGAUAGCAUAAGGACCCGAGGCUUUAGUCACCUUGAGUCUAUACAGCUCCUUCAAAACAAAGUUAGUUGGCACCUUUUGAAUAACAAAGUUUUGCACAACUCUAGGAGUUAAAAUAUUAGGCAGCCUGGUCUUACUUUUUUCAUGACCACAUAGUUUCUCGAUCAGCAGCAGACGUGAAAAACUCAUUAAAGCUAGUAGCCGUUAAAUUUUCAGAGGCUGGGGCAUUCCCAGUUUUGCGUUGCUUCUUGUUUGGUAAGAGCUCGUUCAGAGUUUUCCACAAUUUACGCGAGGCCUGUUUUUCACAUAGCUGAUUUGAAUAAUAAAACUGGCUUUUCCCUUACGAAGUUUCAUCGACAGAGCGUUACGCAGCCUUUUUUAACUGCUCCAGUGAAGCUCUUUGUUAGUUUAAAGGCUUUUUGUGAUGACAAUCGCGCACACGACGAUUGACUACUGGAGCAUUACAAUCAGCUGCAGUAAGUACUAAGCUUAAAGGAACAGCAUCCCGUUACUGCGCAUGCACCAACUUUGAUUUUUGGACAGGAUGUCCCGAAAUCAAAAUACGCGAGGAAAGUAAAAGAACCUAGAAAAAUCCGUUUGCAUCGCGCUUGGCCGAGUUCGAUACUACACUAAAACUUCUCAGGAUUACAGAUCAAUGAUAUAUUGUUCCCGUUGAAUUGAGUUUCGAUUUGGCCGAAAUCAAGAUUUUUUUGGCGUUACUUUUAUUGCCGUUGGAGAUGGGAAGCGCUUUUAGGCCGAUUGAAGGCUUAUGUCUUCUGCCAGCUUCCAUACAAGCUCAGAUAAUUGUGAAAGGAAUACGCACAAAUGAAACAGCAACAAUAGAGACUGUAAGAAAGAAACCAUUGAGACGUGGAUGUGUCUGAGGAGAUCUUAUGGAAUAAAGCUUCGUGAAGCAGACUGUUUUGUAACGACGCGUUAGUAAACUUUUAAUUGAACCUCCCUACGGCCGACAAAAUCAACAAACAGGGGCCACAUGUUUAGAAAAACUAGUGCAAUGAAAUCAUAAUACACAGUUUUGACUAACCUUUGCGAUAAUUCAUCGCGUUGAGAUUGCGUUUUUACUUAUAUCUUUCAAACGUUUGAGGCUAGAAAGCGAGCAAAUCAGGCAAAUAUCAGUGGACUUGGAACAAUUGACCUCUGACACGAGUUUCACAUUAGAAAAGCUUUUAAAGCGAGCGGAACGAGAUUUUCGGGUCGCGAGGCGAGCCUGCUAGCGACAAAAUCGCGAUGAGUCUUCGUGCCGCGAGCCAAAUUUUAAAUAAGACGAAAAACGUCUUCGAACAAGAGAUUGCAAACAACAAAUCUCCGUCGGCGGUGAGGUCCGGAAGGAAAUCUUGUCGCGUCAAUAUGACAGUUCUAUUGUCUUUUGAAGAAAAAAAAAGAUGACGCUCGCGCGUGCGCACAAUCUUGACACUGUUCCUUUAACUCUUCAUCAUUGAGAGAAAAAAUACCAGGUUUGAACUUCUUUAUCAGAGCCAAAUGGUGCACCUCAAAAUGUGACAGCACAAAACACCAGUUCCACCAUCAUUUCAGUAUCUUGGGAAGCAGUACAAUCAGAGUUACAGAAUGGUGUUGUCACGGGUUACAAUAUAACGUACCAGUCACAGACAGAGAAUGACAAUGGAUUUCUAGAAGCUGGUCGCAAUGAUCGUCAGGCCAACCUAACAGGACUCAAGGAGUUUGUUAAAUACAAUAUUUCAUUGGUUGCUUUCACAGUGAAAGGAGAUGGACCGCCUUCUAUUAUUAUUGUUAGGACAGAUGAAGAUAGUAAGUGA